GCCAAGAUAUGCUCUCACGCUAAACUUCGGUAUCACAGAUCCGGUUUAAUUUCGUCAGCUAAUUUUAUUGAAGUUUUACCACAGGCGUGAAAUUCAUGCAAUCUGUUUGGGGAGCAAUAGAAACUAUACAGCAAGCUAAUGCUACAACACGGCACGGCUCUACCACUACGGCACGACUAACACUAUGGCACGACUCUACUACAAUAGCGACAAUAUUACCCGAGCAUUAUUACCCAAAAACGCUUUCAGAAAGAGCCGCUACACUUAGUUCCACUCAUCAAGAGAUGUGAUCCUAUGGUUUUAAUGCAAUUUCACGCUCACAAGCGCGUUGCGUGACUAAAUUGAUGGUCAUAACCAUCCCUCAACCAUCGGAAAAUAUGGAACUGUCCCAGUUGUAAUUGAUCCUCCUAUCGAAAGCGGCUGCAGAGUGAGUUCCAUCCCAUGUUGGUCGAAAAGAUUAAUCUUUAGGCUUGUUGGACUCCUGAGGUCCUGCACCGCUUGCUGGACAUAGAUAAUAACCAGAAAUAUAG